CGCAGUAGCUUCAGUGCUUCACUCGGGCUAUCUAUAGCAGUCGCGAACCUCUACUGUACUGGUUGAAUCAGCUUGGUCCAUUCUACUCCCAAACCCAAAUUAUUCACUCCCUACUCCCUACGACUACGAACGGUGCGAACGGCGUGCAUUUCCCGGCUUCCAUAAGGACACCAAAUCCACGCAUCUAGGGAUCGCAUACCUCCUUCAAGCUUGACUCAGUUCCUGUUUAUUCCCCCGCAGUGGACGGCGGCUUCCCACAUCUCGAGCAGAACACGAUACCCAGCAAAGAUGUUUCGCGCACAGCAGAACGCAUUCGACGAUGUUGUCGGUAAGUCAGGAUAACCGGGAAGCUCUACGAAGGAUUGGCCAUGAGGCUAACAGCUCUAUCCAGCCAAGGCGACCGACGAGAAUCUCACCUCGGAGAACUGGGAAUAUAUUAUGGAUGUUUGCGACAAGGUGACUACAGAGGAUAGUGGUGCGAAGGAUGCCGUGGCCACCAUGAUCAAGCGCCUGGCGCAUCGAAAUGCGAAUGUUCAACUGUACACUCUAGAGGUCAGAUACCAGAUAUCCGCCCAGGCAGCCGACUGCGCUCUUACUGAUGUUUGCUAUAGCUUGCCAACGCCCUCAGCCAGAACUGCGGACCAAAAAUGCACCGGGAACUUGCCUCGAGAGCCUUCACAGAUGCCCUCCUUCGAUUAGCCAGCGAUCGUAACACCCACCAACAAGUCAAGGCCAAAAUUCUGGAGAGAAUGUCUGAAUGGGCGGAAAUGUUCAAGGACCCUGAUCUUGGCAUCAUGAGAGACCAGUAUCAGCGGCUCAAGAGUCAGAACCCAAAUCUACAUCCUCCGUCGGCCCCUUUGAAGAGUCGACUCACGGAUGUGGAUCGUCAAAAGGAAGAGGAAGAGUUACAAAUGGCGUUAAAGCUCUCAAUUCAAGACAAGACUACACAGGCGCAGGCGAAGUCUUCUCAGCCAUCGAACGUUAUUCCCGGUCCAUCUGCGCAGCCUGCUGCCCAAACAAGCGCUGUACCUUCCGGAACAACUGCUGCAACAGUUUCUCGCGUUCGAGCAUUAUUUGAUUUUGAGGCUUCAGAUCCUGAUGAGUUGACUUUUCGCAAGGGAGAUAUUAUUGCAGUUCUCGAAUCAGUAUACAAAGAUUGGUGGAAGGGCUUCUUGAGAGGACAAACCGGGAUUUUUCCAUUAAAUUAUGUGGAGAAACUAGCCGAUCCUACACCAGAGGAACUACAGAGAGAGGCUCAGAUGGAAGCUGAGGUUUUUGCGGAAAUAAAGAAUGUUGAGAAGCUUCUUACGUUGUUGAGCACAUCUACUUCGGAGCUCAAUGUGCGGGAUAACGAGGAAAUUACAGUAUGUUUUUCCUGCAUCUAUCUUGUUGUGUUGCUAAUAUUCUGUCCAGAAAUUGUAUCACUCGACCCUGGCUAUUCGCCCAAAGCUUAUUGAGCUUAUUGGUAAAUAUUCUCAGCGAAAAGGUAAUUUGCCCCAGCUAUAUCCGAGUCACAUGAAAUACUAAUAGUUGCCAACUAGAUGACUUUAUACAACUCAACGAAAGAUUUAUCAAGUCUUGUCGGGAUUAUGACAAUUUACUUGAUGCUUCCAUGAAACAAGCACAACCGAGCUACCAAUAUGGGCGGCCAGCGCAAGGAUAUGGCGGGGGAUAUCCACCUCAAGCCGCCCCGCCUCAACAAGACCCCCAAAGAUUCUAUACUCCAAAGCCUCAAGGUAAAGAUCAUUUUCUCUAAUUACUUGAUACAUCACAUACUAAAAAUGGGCAGAGCAUCCUUAUCCUCAAAAACCACCAUCUCCACAAGGUUAUGCGCCGAAACCGCAAACAGGAACUCCGGCCCCUUUCUAUGUCGUAACUCAACAACAACGUCUGCAGCAGCAGCAACAACAACAACAGCAUCAACAGCCACAAGCUCCUUCUGAACCUUUUCAACAACAACAAUACCCACCACGAGAUGCAACACCGCGUAUUCCUUCGGCUAGCAAGCUCCCGCCACUCCAGACCAACUCUUCUCCACCUCCAAACCAAUACCCUCCACACCAAACACCACAUCAAACCCUACCUAGCAUUCGUCCUCAGAGCACAUAUUCCAACAAUCCACAAGAACUUGCCACUUCUACUUUUGAGUCGCCAGUAAACCCACAGAACCAAAAUGCUCCCUACAACACAUCGGUUUAUCCCCCGGAGGAUUUAUAUUCAGCCACACCAGCUUUACCCCAACCUCAGCAUUAUACAGCAUAUAGUGGACCACCUCAAGCCCAAUCUCACCAACCACAACCUAGUUAUGCUCCCCCUGAACCCCCACAAUCGAGCCACGCACAGACAUCUUCGGCUAACGCAGGAUAUCCAACAAUUGGCCAACCAUACGACUCGAGACAAACGCUGCCCAGUCAAGGAGUUCCUCCACCUGCUAGUCAGUACAAACCCUACCGACCAUCAACAGCAGAAGGCAUGGCUCCUUCGGCACCUAGUGCUCCUAGCGCACCUCCGGGAGGACCGGCGGACUUUUAUAAGCAGAGUGCUGCGUAUUCUGGUUAGGCGGAAAUUUUGUAAUGGGAGGAUUGUGUAUGAUUGAGAAGAUUUUUAUGAAUUUGGCAGGAUCAAUUCUGACC